UCUCGCCUUCUUCGCGUUCCCCUCAGGGUGGUUUCUUUUUUUUUUCCCCUUUUUUUUUGGGUAGGCCUCGCGCGCAGCCUCGGCCUCGCUUAGGGCGGCCAAGCCGGGCGAUGACGACGACGCCGUCGCCGCUGCUGUUGCUGCUGCUUCUUCUUCUGAGGCGGGUCCCUCGCUAAAAAGCCGCAACCGGGAACGCCGUCCUCCGCCGCUGCCAUGCCGGCUAAAAGGAAACUGGUGCCGCCGGCCCUCAACAUCACCCCGACCAUCGCUGAGGGACCCAGCCCCACCGAGGGCGACGGCUCCGAAGCACACCUUGUUGACCUCCAGAAAAAACUGGAAGAACUGGAGCUGGAUGAGCAGCAGAAGAAACGCCUGGAAGCUUUUCUCACCCAGAAGGCCAAAGUGGGAGAACUGAAAGACGACGAUUUUGAGAGGAUUUCAGAACUGGGAGCUGGCAACGGUGGGGUGGUCACCAAAGUACAACAUAAACCCUCAGGGCUAAUUAUGGCACGGAAGCUGAUUCACUUGGAGAUCAAGCCUGCCAUACGAAACCAGAUCAUCCGGGAGCUUCAAGUGCUUCACGAGUGCAAUUCUCCAUACAUCGUCGGUUUCUAUGGCGCCUUCUACAGCGACGGGGAGAUCAGCAUUUGCAUGGAGCAUAUGGAUGGCGGUUCCUUGGAUCAGGUUUUGAAAGAAGCCAAGAGGAUUCCUGAAGAAAUUUUGGGCAAAGUCAGUAUAGCAGUUCUGCGAGGAUUGGCUUAUUUACGAGAGAAGCACCAAAUCAUGCACCGAGAUGUGAAGCCUUCUAACAUCUUGGUGAAUUCCCGAGGCGAGAUUAAGCUGUGUGAUUUUGGAGUCAGCGGGCAGCUCAUCGACUCCAUGGCCAAUUCCUUUGUGGGCACCCGAUCCUACAUGUCUCCUGAACGUUUACAAGGCACUCACUAUUCCGUUCAGUCGGACAUCUGGAGCAUGGGCCUCUCCCUGGUGGAGCUGUCAAUCGGACGGUAUCCCAUCCCCCCGCCCGAUGGCAAGGAACUGGAAGUGAUCUUUGGUCGUCCCAUAGUCGAUGGGGCCGAAGGGGAACCCCACAGCAUCUCUCCGCGGCCCAGGCCCCCAGGACGCCCUGUUAGUGGUCAUGGGAUAGACAGCCGCCCCGCCAUGGCCAUUUUUGAAUUGCUUGACUACAUUGUGAAUGAGCCACCUCCAAAACUGCCGACUGGGGUUUUCACCCAAGAAUUCCAGGAGUUUGUAAAUAAAUGCUUAAUUAAAAACCCUGCUGAACGAGCAGAUCUAAAGAUGCUGAUGAAUCACACCUUCAUCAAGUGCGCCGAGGUGGAAGUGGUGGAUUUUGCCGGCUGGCUAUGCAAGACGCUGCGGUUGAAGCAGCCCAGCACCCCCACCCGCACGGCCAUGUGACCGCCAUGCCAGCUGCCUUGUUCUUCCUCCUCCCCCCCUCCCCCCCUCCCUCGUGCACCUGCUUGUCUGCUGCUGUUCGCUGCCCUCCCGGCAGAAGGAAGAAGCCCCCUGGCCUCGCCUCCCUCGAUCUUUGCACCCGGAACAAACCAGGCAGGAGGGUUGUCAAGAAAGAGAUUAUCUCUCUCUUUCUUUUUCUCUCUCUUGUGGCCCCGAGAGCAGAAAGGAACUCCUUCCUCCUGUUCCCCUUCUGGGGUUUGGUUUCUCUUCCUGCGGUGGGAGAAUCCCUCGCUCUCUGCAAGCUCUCGGCUUUGCGUGGGUAGGGCUGGCCGAGACGGGCCCGGCUGCUCUUUGGUUUGGGGAGGAGAGGAGGAAAGAGUUUCCAGGAUAGGCUGGGUGCAUCUCUCUCUUUAUUUUCCUUCCUCUUUUCCUCUCCUUUCUUCUCUUAUCUCUUUUUGUCUCUCUUCCUUUCUUUUUUCUCUCUCACUUUCUCUUUCUUUUUGGACAGCCAUAUAUCCAAAAUGGUGCAGGGCCGUGAUGGCGAGCCUAUGGCCAGGGGUGGCACGCAGAGCCCUCUCUGUGGGCAGGCGUGCCGUCGCCAGCUGCU